CCUUCCUUCAGCAGGUUUGGGCUGGGAUCCCACAGACCUAGGCGCAGACUCGGGCCCCUAGCGAGGAGGGGGCUGAAGCCCGGGGCUGGCUCCCCACGCCCCGCAGAGCCCGGAAUGUCCCUCCCCCGCGGCGGCUCCUGACCUCAUGGAGCCCUUGGCCACCCCAGGGGCCCAGACAGGGGUCCCCACUGGCAGCGAGGAGCCUUCCUUCGCGCCCCCAGACUACGAAGACGAAUUUCUGCGCUAUCUGUGGCGAGAUUAUCUGUACCCGAAGCAGUAUGAAUGGGUCCUCAUUGCAGCCUACGUGGCCGUGUUCCUCGUGGCCCUGGUGGGCAACACGCUGGUCUGCCUGGCCGUGUGGAGGAACCACCACAUGAGGACCGUCACCAACUACUUCAUCGUCAACCUGUCCCUGGCCGAUGUGCUCGUGACAGCCAUCUGCCUGCCCGCCAGCCUCCUAGUGGACAUCACCGAGUCCUGGCUCUUCGGCCACACCCUCUGCAAGGUGAUACCUUAUCUACAGGCGGUGUCUGUGUCAGUGGCAGUGCUGACUCUCAGUUUCAUUGCCCUGGACCGCUGGUAUGCCAUCUGUCACCCGCUGUUGUUCAAGAGCACUGCCCGGCGCGCCCGUGGCUCCAUCCUGGGCAUCUGGGCUGUGUCGCUGGCCGUCAUGGUGCCCCAGGCUGCUGUCAUGGAAUGCAGCAGUGUGCUGCCAGAGCUAGCCAAUCGCACCCGGCUCUUCUCUGUCUGUGAUGAGCACUGGACAGAUGACCUCUACCCCAAGAUCUACCACAGUUGCUUCUUCAUCGUUACCUACUUGGCCCCACUGGGCCUCAUGGCCAUGGCCUAUUUCCAGAUCUUCCGCAAGCUCUGGGGACGUCAGAUCCCUGGCACCACCUCGGCCCUGGUGCGGAACUGGAAGCGGCCGUCAGACCUCGAUGAGCAAGGCCAGGGCCUGGGCACAAAGACCGCGCCCCGGGCCCGUGCCUUCUUGGCUGAAGUGAAGCAGAUGCAAGCUCGGAGAAAGACAGCCAAGAUGCUGAUGGUGGUGCUGCUGGUCUUCGCCCUCUGCUACCUGCCCAUCAGUGUCCUCAAUGUCCUCAAGAGGGUAUUUGGGAUGUUCCGCCAAGCCAGCGACCGAGAAGCUGUCUAUGCCUGCUUCACCUUCUCCCACUGGCUGGUAUACGCCAACAGCGCUGCCAACCCCAUCAUCUACAACUUUCUCAGUGGCAAGUUCCGGGAGCAGUUUAAGGCCGCCUUCUCCUGCUGCCUACCAGGCCUGGGUCCCUGCGCCUCUCUGAAGGCUCCCAGCCCCCGCUCUGCUAGCCACAAGUCCUUGUCCUUGCAGAGCCGCUGUUCCGUCUCCAAAGUCUCAGAACACGUGGUACUCACCAGUGUCACUACAGUGCUGCCCUGAGCUGCCUGGGGGCCUCUGGGGG